GCCAAGGUGUCGCGGCUGCUCCCUGGCGCCCCCUGGCCCGGGUUGGGCGCCCGAGGUUUCCGGUGCAUAGCUGCCGGCGGUGACGCCUUGCUGCUCCGGAGCAGCCGCCGCUUCUCCACAACCCAGCUGCAGGCCUGUGGAAAUUCAAUCAAGCCAUGCACGAGUGAAGCGUGCUUGGCCGUUUUGUGCAAAAGGACGCAGUAGCCUCCCCUACUAAAGCUUCCAUUUGCUGGAACUGGGCAUCCACCCAUCCCUGCCAAGUUUUGUGAGAGGACUCAACUCCAGAAAGGCUUUCUGCCAGGCCCUGAGGUUGUACUUUCAUGCUCCACAGCCACCAUCACCCAGCGCAUGCAAGUGGGUUUCAAGCUAUCCAAAACAUCAACAGCUUCUGGGUGAUCCCAAGGAUUAAAGAGUCUGCAGGUUGCUAUGUUAAUGCUGCUUGCCUUUGGAGUAUUGCUUCAUGAAGUCCCACUGAGUGGCCAGGAUGAGGCUCAUUCUGAGGCUGACAGUGUGCCAAGCAAAGCCCUGUAUGACUACUCCAGCCUCCGCCUCCCUGAGAAGCACAUUCCCUUCUUCUUGCACAAUAACAAGCAUAUUGCCUCUGUCUGCAAGGAGGAUUCCCAUUGUCCAUAUAAGAAACAUCUAGAAAAUCUCAACUACUGCUGGGGUUAUGAGAAAUCCUGCAAACCAGAGUUUCGAUUUGGCUACCCUGUUUGCAGCUAUGUGGACAUGGGAUGGACAGACACUCUGGAGUCAGCUGCGGACAUGUUCUGGAAGCAAGCUGACUUUGGAUAUGCCCGAGAGCGGCUGGAGGAGUUACGCACGCUCUGCCAGCCAGAGAGAACAAGUGACUCGAGUCUGGUUUGUUCCCGGUACCUUCAGUACUGCAGAGCUACUGGUCUGUAUCUGGACUUAAGAAACGUCAAGAGGAACCAUGACAGAUUCAAGGAAGAUUUUCUUCAGGGUGGUGGAGUUGGAGGACACUGUAAGCUGGACAGUCAUGCACUGAUGUCUGAAGGUCAACGCAAAAGCCCUCUGCAGUCUUGGUUUGCUGAACUACAAAGCUAUACUCAGCUCAAUUUCAGACCUAUAGAAGAUGCUAAAUGUGAUCUCGUUGUAGAAAAACCAACAUACUUCAUGAAAUUAGAUGCAGGUGUUAACAUGUACCACCACUUCUGUGAUUUCCUCAACCUCUACAUCACUCAGCACGUGAACAAUUCUUUCAGUACAGACGUGUACAUCGUGAUGUGGGACACCAGCUCUUAUGGAUACGGUGACCUAUUCUCUGAUACCUGGAAAGCAUUUACUGAUUAUGACAUCAUACAUUUGAAAACCUAUGAUUCCAAAAAGGUGUGUUUUAAAGAAGCUGUGUUUUCUUUGCUGCCCCGCAUGCGGUAUGGACUGUUCUAUAACACACCGCUGAUCUCUGGCUGUCAGAAUACUGGGUUAUUCAGGGCCUUCUCCCAGCAUGUGCUGCAUAGGCUGAACAUUACUCAAGAGGGACCCAAGGAUGGGAAAAUUCGAGUUACCAUUCUUGCACGCAGUACAGAAUACCGGAAAAUACUGAACCAAAACGAGCUAGCAAAUGCACUGAAAACAGUAUCCACAUUUGAAGUCCGGAUUGUUGAUUACAAGUACAGAGAACUCGGGUUUUUGGAUCAGUUGAGAAUCACACACAACACGGACAUAUUUAUUGGCAUGCAUGGAGCUGGCCUUACCCAUUUACUUUUCCUUCCAGACUGGGCUGCUGUAUUCGAGCUGUACAACUGUGAAGAUGAGCGCUGUUACUUAGACCUAGCCAGGCUGAGAGGUGUCCACUACAUCACUUGGCAGAAGCCCAGCAAAGUAUUUCCUCAAGAUAAGGGGCACCAUCCAACGCUGGGCGAACACCCAAAGUUUACCAAUUACUCCUUUGAUGUAGAAGAAUUCAUGUACCUUGUCCUUCAGGCUGCAGAGCACGUACUGCAGCAUCCGCAGUGGCCAUUUAAGAAGAAACACGAUGAACUGUAGAAAUGUUGAGUUUGUUUACAUGAAGAGAGUGUUUAAACACUUUCACUUCCAGACUCACAAUCAGAGGAGUCGAACAAUCUGUCAGAGCUUACUGUAAGAUGAAAACAACUUCUGACUUUUUUGAAUAUAACUCAGGCUGGCCUUGAACUAAGAACCCUCUUGAACCUCCUGAGUGCUGGGAUUGCAGGUGUGUGCCACUAUGCCUGUCUACAAACUUCUUCUAUAUGGAAACAUACUUUCAGGAUAUUUUGUCUUCAAGUCUUCCAUGUGUUUGUUGUGCCAUUGCUGUUUACCAAUAGCAAUUGUAUUUUUGCACUGAAUAAAGUUACUUUUAUAGUUCAUAGUUGGGCAGGUGCCCAUUGGUAUAGCAGAGCUUUCCUGUUGGGAUACCAAAGUUGUCAAGUUAAGCAGCUUUAGAAUUUGUAUGUGUUUUGGUUGACUAUAAUGUGAUUGUAAUUCCAGAAUGUUCCACCUUGUUGUUUAUAUGCUUGGAUGAAUUCAAAACUGGUUUUAUAUUUGCCACUAUCUGUUCAUAAUUAUGGUUGUAGGGUCUGGAGACAUGGCUUAGUUUAGAAUGCUGGCCUUGCAUGUAAGGGGCCCUGGAUUCAAUCCCUACCGACACAAUGCUCACACACAUGCACGUUCACACACCAGCAUAAGUCUGUGAUUCUCAGGACCAAGCUAUAGGACUGAGCUACAGACCAGUAUUUAGUCAGCUCCAGGUUGUGUGCAUGACCUGAGUCAGUCAUGCCAUUGUAUUAAUUUGUUUUCACAUAGCUCACUUCCAUCAUGUUCUCCCCAAAUGUAAUAGCAGUGUUGUUAAUGAGGACCCAUCAGAACACUCUGCAGUAUCAUCUUGGCAGACCCAUCAGCCAUGAGAACAUUCGUAAGCACAUAUAACUAUGUGCAUCUACCUCUGGCAGGAUGAAAGCAACUCUAAUAUUUGUAAAAGCAGCCAGGUGGCCACAUGAAGAGACCCUUUACCUAUUAAAAAAGAAGAAAGACCAUUUAAAAAAAAAAAAACCAGUAGAGCUGUGAAUUACCCAAUCAAAACAAGCCCUAAGGAAGGGGCACUGAUUAAGCGGGAUGUCUGAACAGCAGGCUUGUCCUUGAACGGCUUCGUAUCUCACUGCUGAUGAGCAUCCAGCUUUGUAGUCAGAAACCGUGGGUUUGUUCCACUGGUCAGUGUAAUGCUUGCAUCCUGGAACAUUUGAGUUGGCUGGCACAGACACUACUUUUAGUUUUCACAGUGGACAAAACAAAUCACAGCCAAGGGUUUUACUUUUAAAUUUUAGAGAAGUGACUCCCCCCACCACCACCACCACACACCAAACAAAAUAUUGGUAACUGUGCCUCCUCAGGAGUUUGCUGCCAUUUGCUUUCAGGGCUUGGUAACUGAGUAGUAGCCUUUAUUUACUAAAACAUUGUUAAAGAAAAAGGUGGCCAGCUGUAGGUGAGACCUCUGCUUGGGUUCUAAGAUUGUAACACUGGGAACUGUUAACUGGCAGGGUUGCUGCUGUUCUUUGUGCAGAGUACUUUGUGAGCGAGUGUAGAAGUGGGAGGUGUUGUACAGGGAAGGGAGGGACUGUAGGAGCAUGCUGCCUGAGUCCUCAAAGGCCCAGGGAAGCCAUUUGAAUUUUCAUCCUCUUACCUCAUUUCAGCAGCACAGAGACCUGUGAUUCCACAGACUACCAGGGACUUCAGGACUGAGAGCAGUUUCCUAGUAAAACUAUAUUUGAAGAUUUUGCACUUAGACAGAAAAUACUCUAUAUAAAUAAAGAAGUCGUUUAAAAUUUUAAUUAUGGGACUAACUUUUAUCAGUUUUUUGUGGGAGCAGAAGAUCUUCAAAUUGUUGUAAAAUUGUAAAUGUAGACACGGCUCUUUUUAUUAAGUCUGUAAGGAGAUGCGUGGCUUUGGAAUAAAGAUUUCUAUAUUUCAUUUAAAUAUC